AUGGGAAAUUCCAACACGAAAGAGUCUCGUCCGUCCGAUCCGGCGACCGACUAUCGCCAGACCCAGGCGGCGUACCUCAACCCCUCCCAUUCUCGCGAGGGGCACAGCGACCGCCCUAGCUCAAGGAGGCAAAGCCGCUUCAGUAGAGCCGACCUCAACCUGCUGGGUCUCGGAGCAGCCGGAUCUUCCAGUGUUGGAGGACGAGAAGACGCUCCGUACGAGCGCAGAGAGACCAGACAAGAGAGAGAAGCCCGCCGUCUCGAGAGGGAGCGCGUAGCCAGAGAAAAGGAACGAGAGCGGAGUCUCAAGGAAGAGCACGUCGACGGCGGCUACCUCGUCACCUUGGGCACAUACACCGGCCCCGAGGAUUUCAGCAAGCCCACUGUUCGCCAGCUGCAGCUUGAGCGACGCCUCGCCCCGUUCUGGAGGGGAUUGAACGACUAUUCCGAAAGCUGGACCGAAUACCAGCUCAUAUGUGCCGGCCGCGGCCUCCCCAUCCCGGCCGCUGACGAACAGCCUCGGCCCGAGUUCAUCCCCAAGGCGAACUCACCCGCCUCUCCUACCGAGUCUUCUCAAAACCUCGCAAACCUUACCGUACCGAUGGGCCCUCGAUCGCUGUCAGUUGGCUCGGACCGCAGCGCCUCUGCGCCAGGUUCUGGCAUCUCGUCCCCUACAAAUCAGCAACAACGUAGCAACUCGCCGUUCAAACCCCGCGCAAAAGCUAUCGCCGCCGCCCUCAGCGGAAGCAGCUCGCGGAACAACUCUGCGGCAGAUGUCUCCCCUCGUGAGAUACAGCUGCCCAACGACCCUUGCGUCAACGGACAGCCUCUGGAGGUUUUCCUCUACAAGGACGCCACCGAGUGUCCUAUCUGCUUCUUGACUUAUCCUCCCUACCUGAACCGAACUCGGUGUUGCGAUCAGCCAAUCUGCAGCGAGUGUUUCGUGCAGAUCAAGCGCGCGGACCCCCACUACCCUGAGCACCACGGAGAACCCAACGAGCAGCCGAGCCCCGAAGAGUCUCCCGAGAUGUUGAUCUCCGAGCCCGCGACGUGUCCCUACUGCCAGCAAACCGAGUUUGGUGUCACAUACGACGCUCCUCCCUUCCGCCGCGGCCUUACUUACGCCAUCUCUGGGUACCCCGCCCAGGGCACCGCCAUGUCGUCACAGAGCUCUCUGAACUCUACGCUUUCCCCCACAUCUCCGACAUCUGGUAGACGCAGAGCCCAGAGUUUGUCGGCCAACGCCCCGAACGUAGUUACCACCGACCGCGUGCGCCCGGAUUGGUCGACAAAGCUGGCAGCUCAACGCGCCCAUCAGGCUCGCAGAGCUGCGGCGGCGACGGCACUACACACCGCCGCGUUUUUGAUGGGCAACAAUGAACAGCAGCGCGGCUUCGCAUUCACUAGGCCCGGGCGCUUUAGUCGACGCAACACUGGAAAUCACACGCCGUCGGGACCGUCCAACGCGCAGGCGGAGUCGAGUCCUAGUCGCAACACAGAAGGCGAGGGUGGAGGCGGCCAGAACGGACCCGAACCCGGCCCGCGCGGAUCUUCAGGACGUGGAGCACUCAACAAUAGGCGUAACAGGAUGGAGGAGUUGGAGGACAUGAUGUUCAUGGAAGCUAUUCGUCUGUCUCUCGCCGCCGAGGACGAGAGGAAGCGAAAGCAAGAGAAGGCCGACCGCAAGGAGGCCAAAAAGAAGGAAAAGGAGGAGCGCAAAGCUCAGAAGAAGCAGGAUCGCCAAAGCGUUUACGGCCCCGGGCAAAGCUCUGCCAGCGGCAGCAGCCUAUCGCUUGGCCUUGGCCGCCGUCGGGGCAACAGCACAACCAGCAACCUUCGUGUCGAGGCGACGGUCCAGGGAGCCCAGUCAACUUCUGCGACCGGCAGCGCCGAGACAUCUCCUGUUGCAGCGUCAAGCAACCCGGGACCCACAUCGGCGCCGGACACCAAAGGCAAGGCCGUUGAGCGCCCGCACGUUGAGACGCAGUCCUCCGAGAGCAGUUUCCAAAGCGCCUCGUCGACCCCGUCUCUACCUAUCCCAGCACCGAGCCGCGGCCCUUCUCAUCUUAGGCAGAUGAGCAAUGCGUCCUCAAUAUCAUCCUCAUUGGCUGACAGUCACAACGGGAGCUACACCAACCCUGCGUACCUUGAUCCACGGGCAAGCGAGCUGAGUGUCGGGGGCAAAAGCGAGGAGGGCGACCGCGACAACACCGAACCACUGUACAAUUUCAGGAGCCUGGCAGAAAUGGUUGGAGUCGAUAUCGAGAAUGGCGAGGCGAAUCAGACAGAGGAGGGUGCGGCCAGUGAUGCGCAAGGCGCCCCGUCCAAGAAGAAGGCGGACGAGGAUGAGCCGGAAGCUGAACAGAUCGAAGACGCCCACGUCGAGCAGCCGGUGCAAACCAAUGCCGGGACUCUGAAGCCCCCGCCCACGAUUCCUGAGGAGCCGAGGGAAUCUCUCAGCAGAGACGAGGUCUCUUCAGGAAACGAGGCAGCGACCCCGGAGGUCAUGAUCACGCCAGUGACUCCAGCACCCGAUACGGGUGACAGUGAGUUUAAGCGAUUGGGUCAUGACAACGUUGUGGAGAGGUCAUCUGAGAUAACGCAAUGA